AUGGCACACAUUUUAUUUGAAUUGACAACCGCUUUUUUUCUUAUUCUAACUUUCCAGCCUGCGAGCUCCGUUAAGAAUAAGUCUGAAAACAUCGGAAAUGUUCUUUCUGGUGUUGCGAUGAAUGGACUGGCGGGCAUGAUGUACGACACCUCAGCUUACCAGGGCCAAUUGCCUCAUAUCGCAAUUAAAAUCAUGCCAUCUAAGAAACUAAGACUCACUCCCACUGAGAUGAACACCUUGCUCUUUGCGGUAAAGCGGGAAAUACACAACAAGAUCAACAAGUUGGAAGAGGAGCUGUAUGAACAUAGGCACGACAACGAAAAACACCUUUCAACCUGGGCUCUUAAUCAAGCUCCAGUAUAUAUGCCAUUUCACGAAACUGUAAAGAAUAAGAUGCCAAAUUAUCAAAAAACACUAACCCAGGAAGUCAACAAAUUGAAGAAUAAAUUUGAAGAAACCAAAGAGGAAGAAUCUUCCGAAAAGAAGAUUGUUCAGCAGUAUGUGAGGGAGUUGCUAUCCUCUGCCAUUUCAAAGUGUUCAUCCUGCGAAGUGGUCCAGGAGUUUGCUAAACACCCGAAUGUCUACGUCGCUAAGCCAAAAUUUGGCGACUACCAAUGGAGCGACGCAAUGUCCUUGUUUAAGUUGGCAAAGGACCAUUUAACUGUUGGGAGCCCGAAAGAGUUGGCCGAAAUGGUCAAAAGCAAUAUAACAUCGGAUUCCUUUUCAUCAAUUAACAUUUCACCUCAAGGCUUCAUGACAUUUGUUUUAUCUAAUAAGUGGAUUGAACAGGAAUUAAGGUCACUUGCCGAAAAUGGACCAAGUGUUAAACAAGUAGAUAAGGGAACGAGAGUCGUAAUUGAUUUCUCAUCACCUAAUAUCGCAAAGGAGAUGCACGUGGGACACUUGAGAUCAACAGUAAUAGGAGACUCCCUGUCAAGGGUGCUGGAGUUCUACGGAUACGACGUAAGAAGAAUUAACCACCUGGGGGACUGGGGAACGCAAUUUGGGAUGCUGAUUGAGUACAUGUUCGAAAAAUACCCGGACUUCAUGAGUAACAUGCCGAGCAUCAGCGACCUCACUAAGUUCUACAAGGAGGCGAAGCUCCGCAUGGACGCAGACGAGGAGUUUAAAAACAGGAGCAGGAGGAGAGUUGUGAAGUUACAGUCAGGGGAGGAGGAGUCGAGGCAAGUGUGGAAGGUGCUGUGCGACAUCAGCCUGGCCUCAUUUGACAAAAUCUACUCGAGGCUCGGGAUAAGGUUGGAGAACUACGGAGAGUCCUUUUACAACGACAUGAUCCCGGACGUGAUAAGAGAGUUGAAGGAAAAGGGAAUAGCAGUGGAGUCCCAGGGAGCGAUUGUAGUAUUCACGGACGUAUCAGCAGCUCCACUGAUGCUGGUGAAGAGCGACGGAGGCUUCGGAUACGACACCACGGACCUGGCCUGCCUCAAGUACAGGAUAUUUGAGAUGAAGUCGAACUGGAUCAUCUAUGUAACGGACAUAGGUCAGUCGGAUCACUUUAAGAAGCUGUUUAAAACCGACGACGUUAGAAUUGACCACGUUGGAUUUGGAAUGGUCCAAAAUGAGUUUGGGGAAAAGUUUAAGACCCGUUCGGGGGAUACCGUGAAGCUGAUAGACUUGUUAGACGAGGCAGUCAAAAGGUCGAAGGAAGAGUUGAUAAAGAGGCAGCCUGACCAGAAAAACCUGCAGCGCACAGCAGAGGCCCUGGGAUACGGCUCCAUAAAAUACUUUGACUUGAAUCACUCAGUGCACAGCAACUACAAGUUUUCAUUCGACAAGAUGCUGGACCCGAGAGGAAACACUGCAGUGUACAUGUUGUACUCGUACGCGAGAAUAUGCCAAAUAUUUAAAAAGGCAAGCACGUCAAACGCCGACUUAAAUGAAGCAUGCGAGCAUACUGAGGGACAGCUGAGUGACAAUUUCAACAAUCAAUUAAGUGUGAGUGCAACUGCGAGUCCCGACUGUGUUGAGGACGUGGCACACAAGGUGGAUGACCUCAGUAAGCUAACCAUAGAGCAUCCCACCGAGUUUUCUCUGGCCAAGUGCCUCCUUAAGUUCCCAGCAAUAAUGGAUCAAAUCCACAAGGACUUAUCAAUCAACAAGUUGACUGAUUAUUUGUAUGAAAUCAGCGUUCAGUUCUCAUCCUUUUACACUCAGUGUAAAGUUGUGGGCGACCCAUCUCAGGAUUCAAGACUGAUUUUAUGCACAUGUACCAAGCUAGUGAUGAAGACGUGUUUUAACCUGAUUGGAAUUGAGCCACUUGAAAGAAUAUAA